UGAAUAUAUUAUAUUUGUUUAACUCCAUUUAAUUGCACUGUUUUUAAUUUUGCAGGUUAUACUUAUUUUUGGCGUCUGCGGCUGUUUGCGCUGCGAUGAAAUCACCAAUAUGAAAAAUGAACACGUGGAAGACUUGGGAAACAAAUAUUUAAUAUCCAUCAAUGACAACAAAAAUGAUUAUGCAGGUCAAUUUAUCAUUGGGAGUCUUUUUUACGAGAAAGUGAAAACAUACAUUUCAUUAAGACCACCUGGUCAAUUCAGUGACCGAUUUUUCGUUAAUUAUCAAAAGGGUAAAUGUUUUCGUCAACCCAUUGGCAGACAUAAAAUAGGCGAAGUUCCUGAAGCAAUUGCUUCCUAUCUGACACUACCCAAUGCAAAGAAAUACACAGGUCAUUGUUUUCGAAGAACGUCAGCAACGCUUCUUUCAAAUUCGGGCGCAAACAUUCAGAUGGUUAAACAAUUGGGGAGAUGGCGUUCGGACAUAAUUGCACAAGGGUAUAUAGAACAUUCUAUGCUCAACCGCCAAUUAAUUUAUGAUGGCCUUGUUCAGAAAAAUUCAACAACAAAUAUUCAUUCAAAACCAUCAAACAGCGCAGCAGUACCUAUUGAAAAUGAGAUGAAUGAAUCUAAUUACAAUUUAUCUUGGUCCGAUUUUUCCGACGUCAUUAACCCUGCCGAAUGUAGUCCAAUUUCAAGAGGAGGUUUUAAUUCGAUCACACCAAACAAAGGGCAAAUUCCUGAAACACUUGCAAAUCCAAAUAAGCCACAUAUUCGCAGAUCUGAAUUGGUUUCAGAAAAGUCAGGCAUAAAUAUGAAUUUGAAAAAACAUUCGCUUGUUCAGUCACCUACUUGUGAAAAAAGAAACAGAAAUAAUGACUGCGACAAUGAAAGUCACAAUGAAUUAAGCGCAAAGAAAUUUUCAAAAUUAUUAACAAAUACGCAGGAAAUAUUCGAAAACGAAGAUGACUGUAUCCGUAAUUUAAAAUGGUCAGAUUUUCCAGACGAUUUUAACCCCAGUGACGUUAAUCCGGAUAAAAAUCGAGUUAUAACCAGUGGAUUUACGACAGCAACCAAGAAACCGAUACUUAUACCAGCUGUAAAUAAACAAUCAGUCCCUGGCAGUAGUAAAUUAUUCUCGAAUAAACCAGCAAUAAAACUAAAUUUUAAAAUUCCAUCAACUGCCCAGCCAAAAAGCCAAAAUAACGAAGUUUUAGAGCAUCAAAAUCAAAAUGACACACAUUCAACGCUAUCAAAAGAACAUAAUUUGAAGUUUGAUAAUUGUACCUUCAACAAUUGCGUUUUUAAUGUUACUGCCUGCAAUUGCAUUUCAGAAAAAAAAUAAUUUAAUAAUUAAUUAAGUUUUACUUGUACAAGAAAAUGUCAAACAAUUUUUUAUUGUAACACUUUUUUUACCUGCUGAAUAAAAUUUGACACUUUAUUCU